AUUUGCCUCCAGUUAGAAUCUACCUCUCUCGGCGAUCACUCGAAAAAUGACGCGAUCUUCGCCAGCUUCGGUGACUGGCAAGGCCACCCUGAUCGCAUCCCUCGUAUACCUCCUAAUCCCCACGUGUCGCGGGCAGUUCGCCUUUUCGUCGCCCACAGGAGGGGCAGUGGCCUCCGCCGGUGGAGUCACCGUGGUGGCUGAACUCCCUGGAUUCGGAGCACUGAAUGGCUUGCUCAAUGGAUUGAACCACAACUUAUUUCCACAGCAGCAACAACAGCAGUUCCAAAGGCAGCAGCAGGGCCAUAGGCGUCGGAUGCCAGGUCCAGGACACGGACAGCCCCAGCAGCCUCAGCAACAAGCCCCACCUGGCUGGCCUCCAGGCUGGCAGUGGGGAGCCGGGAACAACCAGAAUCAGCCGGGAUUCGGAUGGAACCAGCCAGGAUAUGGCCCAGGCUGGAAUGGAGGUGGUGGCAUGGGUCCGGGAUGGAAUGGCGGCAGUAUGCCACCAGGUUGGAACAGGGGAGGUCCAGGCUGGAAUGGUGGUCCAGGCUUUAAUGGGGGCGGCGGAAGAGGCCCCCCACCAAGACCAGGCUGGAACGGAGGAGGAGGGCGCCCGCCACCACCACCAGAAUGGGAUGGAGGAAUGGGUCCCCCACCAAGGCCGCCUUGGAAUGGAGGAGGCGCACCGCAACCCCCACCAGAAUGGAACAACAAUCAACCAAAUCCAAAUCCGCCCAAUCCACCUCAGAAAGAUUCGGUUGAUUCAAGGGAAGAGAGCACAACGCCGAGUACACCCAUUGUGCCGGUAACGCAGCCGACCUACCAGCCACUCCCACCGAUCAAUCAGCCCACAAAGGACACUCUAAUCAUUGGAACUAAUCGACCGCCGCUGGUGCCGCCCCAGAACCCUACUACGCCAUCACCCCCUGUGCCUUUGCCGACCGUCAGACCCUAUUCUGCCGUGGAGGUGUCUGAGGAACGGGACAUAAUCUUCCCCAGCUCGGCGCAGUACAUCCAUUUGCCCAUCCAGGAGACCCGUUCCGUGCCAAUCGAUGUGAGGCGGAGAUGAAUCUCCGGAGCGGGAUUCCCCGCACCUACACUUGUUGGACAUUGGGAAGACUG